UGCGCGGCGUGUAUGUGUUUCUCUGUUUCUCGCUUCCUCUCAUAGACUGUAAUACAGAAUCUCAGUAUGUAUGAGAGAAGUUGUCUGAACAUAACAUAGUGCUGCUUCACGAACCGGAUUUAUGUAGCUGAACUUGGCACAAAGCGUUCAUUUUCAACGGAGAGUGCAGCACCCUUUGCUGCUUUGAUUGCAAAGUAAAAGUCUGAUUUGUGAUUGAUAAAGAUUUUUAAAAAGCUGCAGUGGAAGAAUAUUGGAAACCACGGAGCGCGUGUUAAAUACAAACGGGAUUGUGGUGUCGUUUUGGUUUCUUUAACUGGGGUCUGCUAAGGAACGGAUUUUUCACAAGACUGUACAAUGUUUAGAAUAGAAGCCGUUUUUUGCACUUUCUCAGUGCUGUCACUUGCAGUUGGAGCUGAUCUUAAAGCACGGAGCUGCAGCGAGGUCAGGCAGGCGUACACUGCUAAAGGCUUUAGCCUUGUCAAUGUCCCUCAUCAGGAAAUAUCAGGUGAACAUCUGCGCAUCUGUCCCCAGGGUCACACAUGCUGCACUUCUGAAAUGGAAGACAAAUUGAGCCAACAGAGUAAACUGGAAUUUGAAAACCUAGUAGAAGAAACAAGUCAUACAUUGAGAACUACCUUUGUGUCCAGACAUAAAAAGUUUGAUGAGUUUUUCCUGGAGCUCCUGGAAAACACUGAGAAGUCCCUAAAUGAUAUGUUUGUGCGGACUUACGGCAAGCUCUACAUGCAGAACUCUGAAGUGUUCAUGGACCUCUUCACUGAGCUGAAGAGAUACUACACAGGCGGGAAUGUGAAUCUAGAAGAGAUGCUGAAUGAUUUCUGGGCUCGACUGCUGGAGCGAAUGUUUCAGCUUUUGAACUCACAGUAUCAUUUCACGGAUGAGUACUUGGAAUGUAUUAGCAAAUACACGGACCAGCUAAAGCCUUUUGGAGAUGUGCCCAGAAAACUGAAGGCUCAGGUUACUAGAGCAUUUAUUGCAGCUCGUACUUUUGUCCAGGGGCUCACUGUCGGAAGAGAGGUGGCCAACAGAGUGUCCAAGGUGAGCCUAACCCCAGGGUGCAUCCGUGCACUCAUGAAGAUGCUGUACUGCCCAUACUGUCGAGGGAUGCCUGCAGCAAAGCCAUGUGACAACUACUGCCUGAAUGUCAUGAAAGGAUGCCUUGCAAACCAGGCUGAUCUUGACCCAGAAUGGAAUCUCUUCAUAGAUGCUAUGUUGCUGGUAGCAGAAAGGUUGGAGGGACCAUUCAAUAUUGAGUCUGUCAUGGAGCCAAUUGAUGUCAAGAUUUCAGAAGCCAUCAUGAAUAUGCAGGACAACAGUGUACAAGUCUCAUCAAAGGUUUUUCAAGGAUGUGGGCAGCCCAAACCAUCUGGUUUAGGCAGAUCAACUCGUGGUGUCCCAGAGGUUUUCAAUCCUCGUUUCAGGCCGUACAGUCCUGAAGAAAGGCCCACCACAGCUGCCGGAACGAGCCUUGACAGACUGAGGAGUGUCUGGAAGACAAUGCAACACAGCGUGAUUGACAUUAAAGAGAAGCUGAAGCAUUCUAAGAAGUUCUGGUCCACUUUACCAGACAGUAUAUGUGUGGAUGACAAAGUGACAGCUGGCAAGUCGAAUGAAGAGGAAUGCUGGAAUGGUCACACAAAGGGGAGGUACUUUCCCGAAGUUUUAAACAAUGGUCUCACAAACCAAAUGAACAACCCGGAAGUUGAGGUGGACAUCACAAGACCAGAUACCUUCAUUCGUCAGCAGAUUAUGGCACUACGAGUAAUGACAAACAAGCUGAAAAAUGCAUACAAUGGGAAUGAUGUCAAUUUUCAGGAUGCAAGUGAUGAAGGCAGUGGUUCAGGAAGUGGCAGUGGCUGUACUGAGGCUUGUGUUACGGAGUUUGACUUUGUCAGUACAGAAGCUCCCGCAGUUGGUGCAGACAAGAGUGAAGAGAAGGCUUCAGCCAUCAGACCAAGCUACUCUCUACUACUGACCUUAGUCUUGACAUGCACGCUGUUUGCACUACAGAGGCAAUGGAGAUAAUGCUCGUAACCAUGUUGAUGGACAGCGGGCUUUGCUGUUUUAUUCACACCUGAAACAGGACUACAAUCUUGGCAGUUAAAACAGAUUUUUUCAAAAAGAGAGUGCAGUGCUACAACCUGCUUCCCCAUUUCCAAAGAAUGCUUGGUGCCAUCUUGAAGCAGCUUAAGCCAAACUGCUUUCUCCUCCUCCAGUUCUUUCAGAAGAUGUUCUACUGGAGAACAACUUACUAUUCAAGACAUUAUUUUAAAGAAAAAAAAUGUAUAUUUUUUUUCUUUUAUAUGGAGAAAUGUUGAGGUCUUACAGAUUUAAGCAUUGCCCAAGAAGUCUUUUCAAUUCCCCAGGAAAAAAGCUUCCACAAAAAAGUAAAAAUCUAAAAAAAAAACUAAGCAAACCUCUAAUGUACCACUGUGAGAAUGCAUUGAAAAGUCAUGAGUAACAACUUUAAAGAUAUGAGCUGUCUGAUAUUCAAGACUUCUAAAUCUAGCCCCAAUCUAAUUUUAGAUAUGGGAAAUAUGGUGUUUUUUUUGGGGGGGGUUACAUAUACUAUAAAACCUCAAGCGAUUGUUUUGAUAAAGGGACAUUUUAACAAAGUUAACUUCAAGCAUCUGCAUCAUCCAUGCUUUCAUUACCAGAAAGCCACUUAUUUCUAGUAAGGGCUGUAGUGACCCUGAACCUAACCCAGUAGCAAAGGGUGAAUGGCAGAAAUAUAUCAUAAAAGAAUAAAUCUACAGAAACCAACUGAUGUAACCGGCAUGUCUUAGCAUGUGGGUGGAAAGCAGAGCAUCUGGAAAAAAAAGGUGCAAAGCAGAUGAGAACAUCCAUUCUACAAACAGAAAGCACCCAGACAGGAAUUAGACCCAGGACAUAGGAAUUGUGAGGCAACAAGAUUUGCCCAGCCUUUUAAAACUUGGUAUAGAAAAGCAACUUGGAAGUUGGAAAAAGUUCCAACUGAGUUUUCCUAAAACCUAUGAACAGUGAUUAAGAUACACAAUGUGUACUGUACUGUGUCAAUGUACAGUAUAUACUGUAUAUAAUAUACAUGUUUUUUACAUUAUUAUUUACUGGCUUUUAAUAAAGGACAGCUCAUAUCUAAUCAUUGUUUUGCUAAUGGCUAUAUUCUGUUACUUUAAAUGCAAUUUAUUUUCUACUGGUAUUUCAUAAAAAAAGUUAUUUAUAAUAGGUUUUUAUUCAAUGAGUAGCAAUUACUGAUCUUAUUGAAGUGAAAAAUGGAAAAUGCCCAGCCAUUAGACUUUACCUCCAGCCUUUUGGGUGUGCUUUGAAUGAAGCCAAGAGUAUCAGAAUUUCCCAAGCAGCACCUGAGCCAUUGUUAAAGGAAACUGCAUGUUUGUUGUUUGAAUUAGGCCCUUGGUAUAUUUCACACCUCAGAAAGCAAUUCAUUUCUCUUUUUUCCUCAAGUCGUUUCUCCUUGCUGACACUGAGCAUGCUCACAACAAUGGUCUGUGCUGCUGAAUAUGAAAACCUUUUAAUACAUGUAUUUUUUAAAAGAGGAAUCAUGCUGCUCAGCUGGAGAAUGUAACCUAACAAAAUGGGAGCAGAACUUUAUUUCACCUUUUUGGUCUUAGUAUUAAUCAUCUAUUUUUAUAAUCACAGAUUUUAACUUUUAUCUAUUAGCUCAGGGUUGACAUGUCUGUAAACAUGUGAAGUGUUUUGUCAACCGUUUUUUUAACUGCACAUGCUAGACUUGCUCUUACUAAUUCACUUAUCCAUCCAGCUAUCCAAGGGAAAACAAGUGUUUGUGUCCAAAUAAUAACAAUCCUUCCAGCCUGGCAAGAGAUUUGAAAAAAAUAAAAAUAACUCUUUUGUGUCACAGGCUAUUCACUAUGGAUUUAUACAAUAGGUGUGCCACAAUGAAGAGUCAUCUAUAAGCUGUGCAGAAAAUUUAAAAGUCCACCUCAAUUCUUGAUCAGAAGUCUUAUAUUUUCUAUAUAAAUAUUUCACCAAAUAGUAGGUAAUGUUUUCAACAACAAACACCACUUUGAUUGCUAACACUUGAGAGCAUGUGAAAUACAGCUCUUUGUUCAAUCUUGUGAGAUGCAAUUUCAACACUAAAAGAUAACAGCUUAUGUCAGAAAUAACCCGAAGCAAUCUUUCUGAUGUCAUAGCUUUUCCAAUGCAGAAACAAGUGUUAAGUGACAUUUUAUUUCCUUCCUAUUAUAUGAAGUCAUUUUUCAAGUGUUUGUUUGGUUUAAAAGUGGCAGAUAUUUUCGAGGCAGUGUUGAAAAGAUUCUGAACCAUCUUACAUCAGAAACUGAUGUUGAGCUUCAUCUGGCUCCUGCAAAGCAUCAGGUGGACAUGUAACAUUUUGUUUGGACUUGUAAGCAACACGUUGUUUCCUUUAUGUGCUACUGCUCACUGCUUUAUAGAUAAAUACAUUUGCAGUCCAUAUCUGCCUUACAUGUGUAAAGUGUUACAUUGUCGUUAAUAAAAUGCUUAAAGGUUUUAAGUUUAAAUUAAAAACAAAAUGUGGUCGUCAUGCUAUACAAAUAGUUUAAAGAGAGAUUAGGAGAACCUUUUUUUAACAUUUUGUAGCACUUCCAUCUAUUACUAUAAUUGUUGGCAAUUGACACCACAGUUCUGUGGGCAGAAAGCUAGCAGAAGGAAAAUUGGGAAGGCUUAAAAAAAUAGAAGGUGUGGAGUGACUUCAGCAGGUGAUAUAGAAUGCAGACUGUACAACACUGUGCAGGUUAGUAAAGUGCUUUUAAAAAGAAGGAAAGAAGAUGCAGUGUGGUUCUAAUUCUAAUGCCACUGAACAGUGGUGAAGCUGAAAGGCAUAGCAGAGCUGGAAAUGAGAAAUUCAAGUGGCAGUGACAACAGAGUAAAGGCUGAAUGCACCAGUAAGAAUAUUCAACAGUGCAGCAAGAGCAGUGACUGUGAAGAGGUUGAAUUACUGAAGUUGGCUUUUUCUUCAGAAAUGAAAGCCAGCGGAAAAGUAAUCUCAAGAGUGGAGUUCCUAUUCCAGAAGUUCAAACAUCACACAGAAGCUAGCAGCUCUAAAAUAGAAUUAAAAAAAAUAAUUAUUUGAAACCACAUUCUUUACCCUUUAGGUUUUCCAUCUAAUGCUAAAUAAUUCAUUGGAACUAUAAAAUUAUCUUUACAUUUUGUGUAUCAUGUCUAGGCUGGAUUUGUGGUUGUUUUUAGUUUUCUCAUUACCAAUCUAUUUCAAACUACUGCCUGAAUGACGGGUAACACAUAUGUUGGUUAAUGAGAGCAAAAGCAUUAGAAGAAAUAAAUAAAAUAUGUUUAUUUGUAACUGAUUAUGACUUUCACACUGGGACUGAAGCAGUGUGAAUGAUCCAGAAAACAAAAAAUGAAUAGGAUUAAUAAACUGCUUUAUAUAAAAUAUUUACUAUACUGAUUUAGCAAGCGUUUUUCGUUUACAUUACAUCUGGAAUGAGUGAUUUACAAAAAUGUUGCUUUGUCUUGUUAAAAAAAUAGGUUUCUUUACAUCAGCAGAAAUAUUCAUUUUGAAAAGCCAUGUUAAAAAAUAUACUACAUUACAAUUGGUUAGGAAAUCCAUACAAUGACAUUUUACUGUGCACAGCAGCAUCUAGAGCACUGCUCGAAAAGAAAAGUUACUGUGGAACUGAUUUAAGCAAGUAUGGUUCAAAUACCACACGGCUUACAAGUCGUACAAGCAGACAUGCCUUACAAUUUUUUUAAAACAAUUAUAAUGGUUUGCAUUUGGGUUUUGUUACUCUUUCUUGUAUACAGACAAAUAAUGAAGGUGUGCUAAUAAACAUUUAUUAAAAAUUAAGUCUGCUUGA